UCGCCUCUUCUUAAGUACCGCGCGGUAGGGUGCGCACUUGUCCCUGCGCGUCACGUCGGGUGAGCCCACGAGCGCGAUGGCGGAGCUGAAUCCUCUGGCCGAGGAGCUGUCGUGCUCCGUCUGCCUGGAGCUCUUCAAGGAACCUGUCACCACCCCGUGCGGCCACAACUUCUGCAUGUCAUGCCUGGAUGAGACGUGGGUCGUCCAGGGCCCGCCGUACCGGUGCCCGCAGUGUCGCAAAGUGUACCAGGUGCGCCCGCAGCUGCAAAAGAACACGGUAAUGUGUGCCGUGGUGGAGCAGUUCCUGCAAGCCGAGCAGGCGCGGACCCCGGUGGACGACUGGACGCCCCCUGCCCGCUCCGCUGCCUCCAGCGCAGCCACCCAGGUGGCCUGCGACCACUGCCUGACGGAGAUCGCAGUGAAGACGUGCCUCGUGUGCAUGGCCUCUUUCUGCCAGGAGCACUUGAGGCCUCACUUCGACAGUCCGGCCUUCCAGGAUCACCCCCUGCAGCCGCCCAUCCGUGACCUUCUGCGCCGCAAAUGUACCCAGCACAACCGCCUUCGGGAACUGUUUUGUCCCGAGCAUGGCGAGUGCAUCUGCCAUAUCUGCUUGGUAGAGCACAAGACCUGCUCCCCUACGCCCCUAAACCAAGCCAGCAAGGACCUGGAGUGCAAACUGAGGAAUAAACUCGCUAUCAUGCACAGCCACAUCAAUGGGGCAACCAAAGCAUUGGAGGAUGUGAGAUCCAAGCAGCAGAGUGUGCAGGAUUCUAUGAAGAGGAAGAUGGAACAGCUGAGACAGGAGUAUAUGGAAAUGAAGGCUGUCAUCAAUGCAGCAGAGACCAGCUCCUUGCUCAAGUUGAAGGAGGAGGAGAAGAGAGUCUAUGGAAAAUUCGACACCAUCUACCACGUUCUUGUCAAGAAGAAGACUGAGAUGCAGAAACUGAAGGCAGAGGUUGAGCUCAUCCUGGACAAAGGGGAUGAGUUUGAGUUUCUGGAGAAAGCUGCAAAAUUGCAAGGAGAGUCAACAAAACCAGUCUACAUCCCUAAGAUAGAUCUGGAUCAUGAUUUGAUAAAGGGAAUCUACCAGGGUGCGAUGGACCUCAAGAGUGAGCUGAAGCACUCCAUUAAGAAGCUACAGGAGAAGAAGGCUGAGGAGCACAAUGGCUCAGGUAACAAGGGAGACCAGACAGAGUCCACUUUUAAACCCGUACACCCUUCGAAGAAGACCACUCAAGACAAGAAGACCAAGAAAACCCCUGUUGCUCCCAGCCCUCCAUCCCACUUCUCAUCCAGCAAGUUGCCCACCUUUGGAGCUCCUGGCCAAUCACUGGAUUUGAAAGCAACUUCCCCUGAUGCCGCACCCAAAGCCAGUGCUGCACAGCCAAGCUCUGUAGGAGUCAAGGCUAAGGUGCUAGAAAACUUCUUAACCAAGUCCAGAACGGAGCUUCUGGAGUAUUUCGUGAAAGUCAUCUUCGAUUACAAUACCGCCCACAACAAAGUGUCUCUGUCAGACAACUACACCACCGCCUCUGUGUCCAACGGGCUCCAGCACUACCGGACCCAUCCCCAGAGGUUCACCUACUGCUCUCAGGUCCUGGGGCUGCACUGCUACAAGAAAGGCAUUCACUACUGGGAGGUGGAACUCCAGAAGAACAACUUCUGCGGUGUAGGCGUCUGCUACGGCAGCAUGGAACGGCAGGGCCCCGAGAGCCGGCUGGGCCGCAACCCCAACUCAUGGUGUGUGGAGUGGUUCAAUAACAAGAUCUCCGCCUGGCACAACAACGUGGAGAAGACUCUGCCCUCCACCAAGGCCACUCGAGUUGGCGUGCUGCUCAACUGUGACCACGGCUUUGUCAUUUUCUUUGCGGUCACCGAAAAGGUGCACCUGAUGUAUAAAUUCAAGGUGGACUUCACUGAAGCUCUGUACCCAGCCUUCUGGGUGUUCUCAGUGGGUACCACCCUCUCUAUCUGUUCCAAGUAGCCAGGUCCCUAGGCUAGCCACAGACACUUGGGCUUGCUGGGAAACAUCCAAGACUGGAGGGAACUCUGAACUUCUGAGUCCCUGUCAGAUAAGAGAUUGGGAGGGGAGCUGGGGAAGGGGUGGGAAGAAUCAAAGGGGGCGGGGUUAGGCUCAGAAAGGGGUGGGGCGAUUGUCUUGUGGGUGGAGAAGCAUAUCUACCUCCUCAUGCCCCGGAGGGCAGGGUGACCUCCUGCCAGUGUUCUGGGAAAUCUCCAGGCUGCAAGUUACUUGAGCCUCAAAGAGCGAAAUUAUUAGUGUUCCUGUUCUCUUACAGAAAAAUCUAUAGCUAUUAGUUAUGUUCUUUCUCAGGUGACAGAUGUCCACCCUCUUCUACUCUCUGGGGUAGCCUUCAGAUCUUUGUGUUUUGAUUAUGACCUAGAUUUUUUUUUUUUUAAGCCAGCUGUAGUGGUGCAUGCAUUUAAUCCGAGAGCCUUUGGGAAAUAGAAGCAGACACAUCUUGAUGAGUUCGAGGACAGCCUGAUGUAUAUAGUGGGUUUUAGAACAGAUUGUCUCUGAAAAACAAACAAAAAUCCAGUUUUUGAGUUCUGUAUAUAUAUAUAUGUAUAUAUAUAUUAUCUCUUUGGUGCUGGGGUCUGAAUCUAUGGCCUUUACCCCUGAGCUGCAUCCCUACUCUGAAUUUCCAUAUAACCCUUCCCCCACAAGGAACCUUUUGUAGAUAAGGCUGCAGCCUGUGUUGAUUUGUGUCAAGGUAACCCAGACCUGGUUGAGACGGAAGUCUUUCCCUCUUCAAGGGCCAUGGAAUUAGAGGCCUUUCGUCCCAUAGCCUAGGCUGGGGGUGGGGGUUGGGGAGCAGAACCCUGGCUGGAUUGUGGGAGCCUUGAUGGCUUUGCUCUUACUGUUAUCUUGCCUUGACAGCUGUUCCCAACAGUAAUGUCCCCCUCCUCUGGAUUGUAGAUACUGGGCUGAUGGCUAUAAAUGCCGCCAUUUGCCUUUUGUGGCUUCUGUCACAGUUAAGUGGACAGCCACACCACAUUCCCAAAGCCUACCGUCAUGGAGACUGGAGGUGUGUGGUUGCUUCAGGAACCUUGCUAGAUCACCUAUUGGUGGACGGCCUAUGGCCUGAAGCGUCCUAAAAGAGAUGCGCGGGAGAUAGCUGGAUUCCUGUUUAUCUCUAGCCACAGAUUACAGGCCCAGUGAUGAGUCAGACCCAUCACCUGCCCUGACCCUUUCUGCUCUCUUCCUCAUUUUUGAGCCAAUUCCAGAUGCUCAUGUAGACCAAACUACAGGUUAGGAAGACUUUGAAGAAUGAGGAAACAAUAAAUAAAUAACAAGGAGAGUCCAGGCAGUGGCUGUUUUCUCUGCUGUCUUUCACACAGUGAAAAUCGCCCAGGCCAUAAAGGGCAGGGAUGGAUGACUGACUGGGAUCUCCCUACCUCCUGUCGUGAUGUCAAAUCCAGAAGAUGUGAGGAUUUGACCUCUUGUGACAGGAGUCCAGCUCUCUCUUUCCUAAGUGGGGAGCUCCUGCUUGUAAGCAUUCUUAUGAAGUGAGGUCACCAUAGGGAAGGUAGGCCCUAGACCUUUUCAUUUGAUGGAUAUUUGAGAACACAUCUCAGGUCUUUAUGGAAUUCCAGGCUCUUACUAUUGGCAUUCCCGACAGACGUGUGAUCUGUGUCUUCUCCCAGAGGGAUAUUCUAUUCCCUUUAAGCAUCUUGGCAGGGAACAUGUCCCUGUAGAUGGUAUGUGGGCUUUGAAAGGUUUCUUCCUUUCCCACACAAAUUCUUGGCGAUGCUUCUUCAACUUUGAAGAUGCCCAAAAAGCUUCUUUGCGGCCUUGUUUUGAGCCUUGUUUGAGGCCAGAUCAGACUUGGGAAACAACUAGGUUCAGAGAAGUGGAACGCCAAGGAUUAACUCAGGAGUCCUGCCAUGGGCUCUUCUGCAGAAAAGGAGCGGGACAGUCAGGACUCUUUCCCAGGCAGUGUGCAGCUCAGGCUAGGAAGGCAUGUGUCCCUCUGUUGAUGAGAGAGCCAAGCAGGCAACCAAAGCCCAGAGCUGUGCAAGAUGCUUUGGAGUUGUGAGUGGAGGGGUGUGCCCUUGCUGUCUGGUACUUUUCUGUUUGCAGUGGUAAGACCUUACCUUAACCAUAAGCAUUUCUGGGUAGGUGGACUAAGAGUUCAUCAGAGUGCCCAUCUCACUUAGCUCUUUGCAGAGUCAGGCAGGUGGGAAGGUGGGGGAUGGCUCUGCUCAAAUCCUCUUGUCAUUCCAACAUGGAAGAGACUCCUAACGUGGGUGACAAGAAAACCCCAGGGCCCUGUAGACAUUACAGAAAUUUCCAGAAAUGUUGAUGUAAAAUCCUGUCCGUUGAUCAAGGUACCGGGGACUGUCUCAGUCACUCUGGUGUGAUAAACUAAAGGUGGAAUCUUUGUAUUUUUCUGAUCACGCAGAAAUUGAUUUUUUUUUUUACCUAUUACUAAUAGCGAUAUUUUAUAUUUUAUACUAUUGAUUUUUAAUUGAUAAUUAAUUACUAAUGUUUCCACUCUGACGUCUUGAACUUAGUGUUUUUAGAGGUAACUCAUCAUUAAGAUAAUCAUUCAUUGUACAGGGCAAGGCUGGCUGCUGUACCUUACUUUGUAUGCAAACAGCGUCCACCAUCCUCUCUGGAUUGAGGUGUGGGUGAAAGAUGUCACUCAAGCUGAAAUCCACUGUCGAGGUACCCACCCCCUAAGAGCUACUGCCCAGGGCCUCUGGGUGCUCAGGCCCUGCUCCAAAAGCCCGCCGUAGCGUAGCUUGGAUCACAUGAAACUGGAUAAAGAACACUCAAGAGAGAAUGUGUGGACUUAGCUUCAAGACAGUGCCGGGGUGGGACACUGAUAAGGGGUAAGCCUACUUGAGUAACCAGCAAACUGCGGUGGGAACCCACAGCUUGCUUGCAUAUUUUUCUUGCGGUUGCAUAGACUUGACCAUUUCUAUCAUAAGUUAAAUAGUGAAAUGGAAAAGUCUUGACCAUAGAUAAACCCUAUUCAUGAUCUCUACAUAGGACUCUUUGGCUGUUAAAGAAUUAGGCAUGCCUUUGUCGCUGGCUUGUGUGUUUGUGUGUGUGCGUGCGUGUGUUCAUUUGCGUGAGUGCGUGUUUAAUUUCCUGACAGGAUGGAGUGCCAUUGUUAUUUGUCUGCCUUGUGCCUGACACAGCGGAAUUUAUGUCAAGAGAUGACCCAGGAUGGUAGCUAGCCACUACCAGCCUGGUGAUUGAUUACAGGGUUAAGGGGUUGAGGUCAGCCCAAGACCUCUGUGAAUCCUGCCUACAGAUAAUGGUUCAAUUCCAGCCCCAGUUGAGACCUAGUGCAAUUUCCGUGCACUAGGAACACGUAGCUGUGCUUUAGGCUGAUGCACUCGUGUCCUGUGAUGGCAGGACAGGGAGGCUGUGUGCUCGAGACCCAUCUAGACCUUGCCCUGUUUGUGUCUUUAUUUGACUGCUUCUGAUUCUUUUUCUUUUGAAUAAAGUUUAAAUCAUAAAUGCGA